AUGGCAAUAAUAUUGAGCCAGGUAGCAUUGCAGAUUAUGGGCGUAAAUGUUGUUGUUUCCUGCUCCGUCGCUUCUUCUCUUCGCCUGCACUCCGGCAUGGGUCUUCGUGACGGCAAACACACUGUCCCCGACAAACCCUUCUUCUAUGACGUGAAAACUCAGCUGCCUGUUGGUGAUGAACUUUUUUGGUACAAUGGGACUGCAUAUCCGGAGCCUUGUAUUGACCAGAUACAGUCGGGAAGGAAACUGCGUGUGAUCGAAUUUCCUUUUGAUCUGACAAGAUGCCAAAGGUCUACUCAUAUGACAACCUAUGAGUGGAGCUUGGUGGAGGACCUUAGGUACCCGAUCGCUCCUAAAUAUGGGGAAAUGUAUCUCACUAGUGUGUCCUUUCCUCCGUAA